AUGUACGAGUAUGCGAUACAGUUUGAGAGACUGUAUAGAUUUUACUCCCAAGCUACAUCAGAAGAGUGGAAAUGUCAGAGGUUCUCGGAUGGUUUGAAGGCCGACAUUAAAGUGAUCUUGAUUCCGUUGGAGAUCACAAUGUUUGCUAAGUUGGUGGAUCAUACCACCAUCAUUGAGGGGUUGAUGCAAGGGGGAGCUGGAGGGGUGGGAAAGGCCCAGUCCAAUAGAAGCAACGAAAGCCAAGGGAAGAGUGGGGGUGCAAGGAAAGGCCCCUACCACAGUCAGGGUAGGAGGCAACGGUUUCGGUCUACUCAUUCUGGAGGGGCAACCUCAUCUGUCCCUAGGCCUGUGGGGAUUACUAGUUCUCCACUUAUGCCACGAGGUGUAGGUGGACCGUCAUGGGUGACCCCAACACCAUCUGUUGUGAGGUGCUACUGGUGUAGUGGACCACAUUUCAUGAGCCAGUGCCCGCAGCCUGGCCAGAGUGGAGCGGCAUCUUCCACAGCUAGUGCAUUGCAUGCCAUGAGGCCCAGAGCUGUUAGAAUUCCCUAG